GGUCGGAAGCUUCUCAUCAUUGGAACCACCAGUCGCAAAGACGUCCUGCAGGAGAUGGAGAUGCUGAACGCCUUCAGCACCACCAUUCACGUCCCCAACAUUGCCACGGGGGAGCAGCUCAUGGAGGCUUUGGAGCUCCUGGGUAACUUCAAAGACAAGGAACGCAGCACGAUUGCACAGAACGUCAAAGGGAAGCCUGUCUGGAUUGGUAUCAAGAAGCUGCUGAUGCUGAUAGAAAUGUCGUUACAGAUGGAUCCUGAAUAUCGGGUGAAAAAAUUCUUGGCUCUUCUGAGAGAAGAAGGAACAGUUCCUUCCCUAGACUGAAGGUGGACCAAGUGCAAGAUCAACAGCUGGAAAAGUGACCAACCUGGAGAAUAGACACUGGGAUCUUGACUCUUCUGUAUUCAACACACUGGACAAAGUGAAAUGCUCCCCUCUUUUCAAGACCCCAAUGUGGAAUCUGCAUGUUUAGUGCAAUACAGUAUCUUUAUUCUUCGUCUUGAAUAUACUGAUGUCAUGUGGAAGUGUCUUCUGGAACACCGUGCUUCUGUCUCUGUGCAGGCGGGGCUGCGUUCUCAUUUGAUUUUAGCAUGGGGGAAAUGUCCUGUAAGUUUUGAAGCUAAUGCUCACUUGUGUCCAGCAUCCAGUUGCUACGACAGGAAAGAAAUCCCGAUGUGUAAUAAACCUGUCAGUCCGUGGUGAAGGCGUAUUAAAGUACCACCGUGUGUGAUCCUGAUCCGAUGAAUGCUUCCCUGUUGUGUCAUCCUUUGCCUCAUUGAGCACUGAGCCAGGCUGAUUACAGACAGUGCCCACAAUAAU